AGCGCAGCGCACCCUGGCUCGGUGUGAGAGGCCCAGCUGUGCCGAGGUGCUGCUUCUCACCCGCGACUGCGAACAGGAGCUGGCUUGGACCCAAACACCUAAACUGUAACUGCCUGAGGGUCAGCCUGCCAGCGCUUCGAAGUGGCCCUCAGGAAACGCCUGUCAUAGAGCCUGCACGGGCUCCCGAGGUUGCCUGGCCUUCCUGGCAGGAAAAGCCUAGAUCUUAGCAAACCUCCCUUUCUAAAAGUCAGGCCAACCAAUAAGAACAGUUUAAAGUGUUUGCUUAUGUUUAGCUGUGUAGGUUUGCGUAUGGAUAUGUUGCAGGUACCUGGUGACAUUGUCAUUUCUGUCAGCGGCUUCCAGAGGACUGCUGGUGCCCAACUGCACUUGGCUAUGGUCCCCUGCAGAGCGCAGUGGCUGUUCAUCUUGCUGCCAACAUUAGAUCACAUCAGUUUCAACUGAAUCAACAUGAAAUAGCACAUUACUUAAUUUUUUUCCUUCAUUAAAAGAACAAAUCUACAGUAUUGUUAACUUCAGGAAAUAAUGAGUCCCAAAAUCAUAUAAUCUCACAUAGUACUUUCUACUGCCUCGUGUUUUAACUUUAGGGUGUACUAAAACUAAGCUUCAAGCUUCUCUUUAUGAGACACUCGUAAACUUGCUGCUUAUUGAAAGUUCAGAUCCACAAUAAUUUGCAGACUUCCAGGAGAUGACAUUUUUAGGAAGGAUCAGUAGCAGUAAUAAAAAUUUGAUAAACUAUAAAAGGCAGUGAUAAAAAUGAUAGUUUUAAAAGGUAGUGUCUAUUUCAAUAGCACAAAUGACUCUUAGAGCACUAAUUGUGCUAUACUAAUUUGGGGACUUCUUCGUUUUAGCCACUGCUUUAAGGUGAAGACAUCAUGGAUAAAUAUGAAAUCAUUAAAAAAAUUGGAGAAGGAUCUUUUGGCAAAAUAUUCUUGGCAAAAGUAAAAGUGGAUAAUGAGCAGUGUGUUAUCAAAGAGAUCGAUUUAACUAAGAUGCCUGUGAAAGAAAAAGAAGCCUCUCAGAAAGAAGUAAUUCUUCUGGCCAAGAUGAAGCAUGCAAAUAUUGUAACCUUCUAUGCUUCUUUGCAAGAAAAGAACAAGCUUUAUAUUGUGAUGGAAUACUGUGAUGGUGGAGACUUAAUGAUGCGGAUAAAUAUGCAGCAUGGAGUGCUGUUUGACGAGGACCAGAUUCUGAGUUGGUUUGUGCAGAUCUCUUUGGGCUUGAAGCAUAUUCAUGACAAGAAGAUUUUACACAGAGAUGUAAAAGCACAGAAUGUUUUCCUUAGCAAUAAUGGAAAGGUAGCAAAGCUUGGGGACUUUGGCAUAGCAAGACAGUUGAACAGCACUACAGAGUUUGCUCAUACCUGUGUAGGGACCCCCUAUUAUCUGUCACCUGAGAUCUGUGAAAAUCAACCAUACAACAAUAAAACAGAUAUUUGGUCUCUCGGCUGUGUGCUUUAUGAGCUAUGUGCGCUAAAGCAUCCUUUUGAAGGCAAUAGUUUGCACCAGCUGAUGCUGAAGAUUUGCAGAGGCCGUUUUCACCCAGUGUCUCCGAACUACUCAUAUGAUCUGAGGAUAUUAAUUUCCCAGUUGUUUAAAGUAUCUCCAAGAGAUCGACCAUCUAUUAAUUCUAUUCUAAGGAAGCCCUUCUUGCAGAAGCUCAUUCUCAGGUAUUUGCCCCCUGAGCUAAUACAGGAAGAACUCAGUCACACUGUGAUACAUAGAAAAUGUCCUUCAGCAUCACAGUCUGGAGCCAAGAUGAUACAAGAUAAACUUCAGAAAAGGAGAGCCCAGGACCAAGUUUCUCCAGAAUCUGGAAUGGUGGUGCCUGUCAAGAAACAGGAAUUAUUUCAGAGAAAUGAAUUGAAACCUCCUUCAAGAGGGCAACAGCCUAUUUUUCAGACACAGACCUCCAGAUUUAAGAUGGCAGAGGAGCCAGAAAGUACUAGAGCACAUGGCCAUUAUGGUCAUUACUAUGAUAAGCUUGACAACUUGCAGAGGAGGGCUAAUGCACCUUAUGAGCUUUCUCAUGUCAGCCAAAGAGUUGAGGAAUAUUACAAACUAAAAGGACAAGUUGCACCUCCACCACCAGCACUUGACUGGCCUGCAGAAUAUCUUCAAAGGCGUUUUGAAGCUCAACAGUACAAGAUUAAAGUGGAAAAACAGCUGGGACUGCGACCAUCCUCUGUUGACCUGUAUCAUGACCAAAUAGAGCAGCAGAAAGUAAAGAAAGAACAUCUCAAAAACCAUCAGCAGGACAUAUCUAGAAAGAAAGAAAUGAAAGAACAGGAGUACCUGAAACAAUUGCAGAGAAUUCGAGAGGAAUACCACCACGAUAUAAAAGAUUUCAGAGUUAGAGCAGGAGUGUACCAGGAGAAUCGAAAAAUACAAGAUAAAACCUAUCUUGUGAGGCAAGGGAAAGCUGAGGACCAGUCUGAAACUGAGGAUACAGCUUUAACAGGAAAAGAAUCGCUUCAGGACAUGGAGAAAACCUUUAAACAAGUCAGACUCCAGGAUAUGCAAGACCAAAAAAUCUUAGAAAAGAAACACAACACAAAGGGAGGAGUAAAGUUUGAAAUUAAUUUAGAUGUAUGUGUUCCUGAGGAGGACAGCGUUCAAGAAGCAGAGGUACCCAAUAAACUCGGUGAGACUUUAACUUUUGUGGAUGGUGAGAAUCUUAAGGAGAACUUGGUGGAAGUUUAUGAGGAUCAUGUGGAAAGAGCUUUGGAAGAACUCUCUGCAUACCAAACAGAGUACAAUGACAUAGAUGACAGGAAAGAAAACAGAAAACGUUGGCAAGCUGGAGCCCCUCAGACACCACUGAAUUUUUUAGCUGAUGCUGAUGUCACAUCUGUAUUACCUGCUACGGCUGAAACUGAACUUGCUGAUCACACUGUUAUGCCUGAAAACAUCCCACGAAACAGGAAGCAAUGGAAACGAACACCACCAGGGGCACUCCUGAACAUCUUAGUCAAAGCAGAGCUAUCUAAUGAUUCCUUCAUGCACCUUGGAGAAGAAACAGGUAGGAUGUUAACUAGGUUGCCUCUGAAAGAAAACAAGGAAGAUGAUUCAGAACCAUACUCUGCUGUUACUAUUGAUGAAGGCCGACUUCAGCCAAGAUCAGAUGAUGAAGACACGAAUUUUGAAGAUUCUGAAGAUGAACUCAGACAUGAGCUGCAGGAAUCUCCGGAAAAAGUGGCAACUUCUCCAGCAGAGAGAACCAUGGAAUCUUCCAUUCUUUCAGUAAAUAAAGGUCAAGCAGAUGAAGAAAAGAUGAGUUUACCUCUCAAACGACUUGGAGGAUCUGAUGAUGAUGAUUUAGAAAAUAACCAUGGGUCACUUAGUGUUGACAUAGAUAAUGAAAAAGGCAAGCAGGAAGCCAGUGCUACCUAGAACACUGGCACUGUUACUCUUUCAAAAGUUGCUUGAAAUUUUAGCCACAUCAGUGACAAAAUUUAAGGAUAGCAGAUAUUAAAUGCCAAGUAAAUCAGCUGCUUUUCAACAGUGCUAAAUGCUCAAUUAAAGUUAACAGAAGAUUGUUACUAUUUGUUUAAAAGGAAAAAAAAAUCAGGCUACUUUUCGGGUGUCUAAAUGUUGAAAAAUUCUCUUCCAGACUAAAAUGCGUUUUCAUCUGUUCUAAACUUCCUGGGACAUCUCUGUCAACACUUGCUUGAGCAAAUUCCUGAUUGCAUACUCUCUUUAACCAUUUUUGUAUCAUGUAAGAAAGUCUCCUAGUCAGUAUACUGUAUUUCCCCAGCUCAAUCAACUUAUUUUAAGAAGCUCUUCCAGCUUUUCAUAAUCUCUAUGUACUGCCAAUACAGCUUUGUAAUCCAUAAUUUCAUUUACAUGGUACUGACCGUACAUAAGUAUCAGCAACUGCUCAGCAGUUUUAUACAGUAGCAGUUAACGGGUUUAUUAGCACCCUGAGACUUGUGCAUUACCCAGUUCCUAAGAAAAUACGGGACAGUAGGUUCUUCUGACCUUAUCUUUUCAUAUACAAAAUUUCAUAUAAUCUGGACAAAGCAUAAACAGAGGGAAAACCACAUUCUAAUUUCAGUAGCUUUUUCAUGGAAUUGCAGAAUCAUUUUGGGGAGGGGGGUAAUCACUGCCCUGGCCCUGCUGGCCACACUAUUUCUGAUACAGGCCAUGAUGCUGUUGGCCUUCUUGGCUGCCUGGGCACAAGCUGCUCAUGCUCA